AUGCCCAGUUCACCUUCAUUUUCAGUGGCAGGAAUGUCAGCAUCGACGUCUUCGCACCACUCACCCAAUCUCAAUACAUGGGGAAGUUCAAGUACAGGAAGUGCACUGUCCCCAGGUUUCGGUGACUCAUUAUCGCAAUCAAGGAGCCACUACCAGUCUGGGUAUCUUAUGUCCGCUUCUCAAAGCAACGAUGCCCCGCAAGAAAAUCAACGCGUGAACGAAGUUCCUGUUGUCCAGACAAAGGCGAAGAUGAACCACAUACUCUCCAGAGGGACUGCUCCUGAUUUUGGAAUGGACUCGAUGUUCCAAAGUUCCAGACAAAGACAGCCUCUAGCAGACGAAGAUGCUCCUCCUACUAGCUCGAUCAAUGAUAUUCCUAACGAAAUUAAUCUCGAUUCUAGCCCUGGCCGCUUCCAGACAAGGCAAACUGGCAAUGAAAGACCCAACUUCUCUUCUUCUCGCCGCCAAAAUACCGCGCCUGCUCCCAGCGCGAGCCAAACAGUUCCGCCUCUAUUUGUCAUUGUGUUUGGGUAUCCCCCAGACAAAUACAGCCUUACCGUCGAAUAUUUCAGAUCACUUGGGGAGACUAUCGAUGUGGACACAAGCAAAGAUAUUACCAACUGUUUCAAGAUAGGAUAUGCUGAUCCAGCCGAUGCCGUGCGUGCUGUACGAAAGAACGGAGAAGUGCUCAAUGGUACCUGGAUGGUCGGCGCAAAGUGGGCCGAUGCGGCACAGGCAGAGGCCAUUCUGGGACAACCAAUCGCUCGAUCGCCGUUUGGUGCAUCUAUCUCUUAUAAUCAAACCCCCGAAUCUUCUUCCAACAAUUCCAACGCAAUGGCCGUCGAUGAACCCUACUCUCCAUCCCACAAUGCAAACACUAGUACACCAUCAGUCGGAACACCAAUUAAACUCGCACCUUCCAUGGCGGCGUUCCGAAAGGCCCCAGGUGUGUCGGGAACUUCUUCUAAGCCUGCUACUCCGCAACACGCAACAUGGGGGUCAGGUCUACUUUCUACAUCAAUUAGCACUCCUGGACAAAAAUCUACUGGAAGCGUCCAACCUUCGCCUAGUAAAGGUGUUAUUGGCCAAAUGUCCGAUUUGAUAUUUGGUUGGUAA